AUGCCAGUCGGCCACAAAGUGAUAUUCGAGCGCAAGUACAGGCUGAAGACGGCAGGCCCGCCAGCCGCACAAGCUCCGGGCCAUCCCGGCAACCCCCGAACGCUUGCAUUUGUCAACGUCGCCCAUCCCGAGCAGGUCAAGGAUCCGCUCACGCAGCGCAAGAUCCGGCGCCAUGUCGUGCUGACGUCCAAGCAGCCUCGGAGGCGAGCCUUCGACUCUGUCGACGUUGGCCCUUGCCGAGACGUCGCCCGGCCCCAGCUACAGCUUCCCACCCCGUCCUACUGGGGUGAGGUCAGGAUAUGCACCCACUUCAACCGCUUGUUCCAAGCCAUGGACAUGGUAUCCAAGGGACUGGUAUCCAUAGCCGUGAACAACUUAGCCCAUAAUUCCGGGCCGAGGUUGUACGAGGGCUUGCACGACCUGCAGCGCCAGAACGAGCUGGGGAAGAGAGCACCCCUAGCCGAACUGAAGCAGUAUACCGACUCCGUUAGCCUUGUACGAAGCUCCAUCCUUUCAACGAGGGAGUACCAGGCUGGUCGCUAUGCCAUUGUCGGGACUGUUGUCUGUCUGGCAUAUUUCGAAGUGCGAGCCCGACGUAAUUAUGCGGGAUGGGCGAUGCAUAUGCAAGGGCUGGAGACUAUCGUCAAACUCUACGGCGGUGUUGACACACUCGAUUCUCAUCAAGCAACCCGCCAGGCUUUGUUCCUCAGCACUGAUGUCCUUGGAUCACUGGCUUACGACGCCCGUCCACGCUUUGCACAAAUACGUGACAGCUCCAUGCCAUGGAACGGUUCAGCAGGAUCAUCCUUACAUGCUCCCCUCACAUCAAUAACGAGUGCUGCUUCACGGUCGGCUGACUUCUCAUCAGUAGUCAUCGACAGCGCUUUGCGAUCGAUUUCUCAAUUAGCCGCCUUGGUCAACAACAUACCUGGCAAAUACGAGCACGAGAUGGCCUUUGAUCUUCUCAUCCCGGUCUGCAGGAUUUCGCAUGAUCUGCUAUCGCUUCCUCGGCGAAAUGAAGAUAUGCUAUUGCCUUCGACACCCAAAGUACCGCUCUCUGCCAUCGCCGAACUGGUCCGCGUCUCAGCCCUAGCUCUCGUGGCCACGGUGAUAAGCACAACCAGCGGAGACGAUCUCUAUUGCACCGCGUACCGCAGCGGCGCCUGGCAGGACGUUCUACGUCGUACCGAGAGAGAGGACUGGGCCGGGCGGGAGGAGCUAAGGCUAUGGGUGCUAGUCGUCCAGUCGACGAUGGACUUGGGGCCGGUAAGGGCAUGGCUCGUGGACGAGAUCAUUGACGCGAUGGGCUCGUUGUCGCUGAGGACCUGGGACGAACUGGUGUCGUGCCUGCACCAGGUCGGCUGGGUGCGGCAUCUGGCCAUGCGAGAGAUGGAACGCCUCAGGUUGAACAUCGAAGCGUGUCUGGUACGCGAGUGGAAUAGAAUGUAG